AUGGUAGAGAUGACUACAUUGAUUCCAGCCUCAAGAUGGUCCAGGUUGAUGUUUGUAGGCUGGAAGGAAGAUACAGUCCUCAGACUGUUCCUCAUUACUCCCAUCUUCUCCUUCAUAUUUUGGACAGGUGUCUUUGCUCAUCCCCAAUGCUUGGACUUUGGACCCCCUUUCAAGCCCGCCAUGCACUUGGAAUUUUGCUCCCAGUAUGAAGAAUUUGGAUGCUGCAACCAAGAGAAGGACAACAUCAUAGCCGAGAGAUACUGGUCCAUCAUGGACCACUACGAUUAUAAGGAGCAAGAGCUGUGCGGGGGAUACGUCAAGGACAUUUUGUGCCAGGAAUGCUCUCCUUAUGCUGCCCAUUUAUAUGAUGCUGAAGACCCCCGGACGCCACUGAUGGCUCUUCCAGGCCUCUGCUUUCCAUAUUGCUCAGACUUCUACUUUAACUGCCGUAGCAUCAUCUCACUAAUGACGGACAACAAGAACAUAUUGGAGUCCACAAAAGACCGAGAUAUGUUUUGUCAUCUUCUCGAACUACCAGAUCCAGACUAUUGUUUUCCAGACGUGCUACAAACUAUGGCCUUGAAUAAGAAACUUGGGGCCGUUGUUGAAGACCAAGAAGGCUGCCUGAAAAUGUGCCUAGUGGAGGUGGCCAAUGGGUUGAGGAACCCAGUGUUGAUGGUUCAUGCUAAUGACGGUACUUAUAGAAUGUUUGUGGCAGAACAAGUUGGUAUAGUUUGGGUCUACUUACCCAAUGGUGGACGAUUAGAAGAACCUUUCCUAUACCUGCAAGACAGCGUGGUAUCAAGUCCAUGGCAUGGAGAUGAGCGGGGAUUACUUGGAAUGGCAUUCCAUCCAAAACACAGGAGGAAUGGGAAAUUUUAUGUUUACUAUUCUAUAAUUGAUGACGACUAUGUGGAGAGAAUCAGAAUAAGUGAAUUCCGAGUGUUCUACUAUGACAUAAAUAGGGCUGAUCGAAACUCUGAAAGAAUUAUUUUGGAGAUUGUGGAACCCUUCAGAAACCACAAUGGAGGGCAAAUACUUUUUGGUGUGGAUGGAUAUCUGUACAUAUUCACAGGAGAUGGAGGGGAGCUUGGAGACCCACAUGGAGAAUUUGGAAAUGGACAGAACAAAAGCGCCUUGUUGGGUAAAGUUCUCCGGAUAGAUGUAGAUGGUGAAAGAGUAGCUGGAAAACUCUACGGAAUCCCACCAGAUAAUCCAUUUGUUUCAGAGCGUUAUGCUGCUCCGGAGGUCUACGCCUAUGGAGCAAGAAAUAUGUGGAGAUGUUCUGUUGACCAAGGAGACCCAGUUACUGGGAAAGGAAGAGGGAGGAUCUUCUGUGGUGAUGUUGGCCAAAGCCGUUAUGAAGAAGUUGAUAUCAUUAUUAAAGGUGGAAACUAUGGCUGGAGGGCCAAGGAGGGUUUUGAAUGUUUCGACAUAAUGCUUUGCCUCAACUCUUCUUUACAUGAUGUUCUACCAAUUUUUGCUUAUGGGCACAAUGUGGGUAAAUCGGUCACCGGUGGUUAUGUCUAUCGAGGUUGUGAAUAUCCAAAUCUAAAUGGCCUGUACAUCUUUGGGGACUUCAUGAAUGGACGGCUCAUGGCUCUUCAUGAGGAUGAGACAACUAAACAAUGGACCAAGCAGGAUAUCUGUAUGGGAGACUCAACCGUCUGCGCGUUCCCAAAGCUCAUCAACACCUACACCAACUUCAUUAUCUCCUUUGCAGAGGAUGAAGCUGGGGAGCUGUAUUUUCUCUCUACCUCGGACCCGACCUCUCUAUCCCCAUAUGGAACUGUAUAUCGACUUGUAGAUCCAUCUAGGAGAGCGCCCCCUGGGAAAUGUACCUACAAACCUGUGCCAGUGAAGAUGACAAGUAAAGUCGUUCCUUUUGUGCCACGUGAACGGACUGUUCUUGAAAUACUCAGUGAACAAAUGAAACCGGCAAUCAAGAAACCUGUUAAAGUAAUGCCAAAACUAGAGAAGACUACCACCAAACCUCCUGCUAAGGGUACCACCACAAAAAUACCCAAAACGACUCAACCUUCACCGACUGAGGUAACAAAGAGUCCUACAGAGAUGGAACUGACCGAAGAAACAAAAAGGUUGUCUGUGACUACUACUCACACACCAUCCAUCAAUGGCAGAUUAAAGAAGCCUACGAAAGCUUCCAAAGUUAAAACAACAUCAACAAAGAGUGAAAAAACAAGUAAGGCUGCUAAAAAGCCUUCACCUAACCCACAAGCAAAGAAACCUUCUAAGGAUGUGAUCAAGAAAAUAUCUCCACCCAAAAAAUCAAUGGUGACUAAUCCUCCAUCUUUAGAGCGCACAAAGUCCAUUAUAGACAAAGUUAAGCAGCCGUCUCCAAAGUGGGAUGUCAAAAAACCUUUAUCCACAAAGACCCCUAAGAAAGUGAAGCCUACUAAGCCUACUAAGAGUCCAAAGCUUAAACUAAAAGAUAAGAACUCAAAACAUUACAAUUCAAAACCAAAAAAAUCUAAAGUUCAACUUCAAGACAAAGAGAUGCAACUAAAGAAAGAGAGAGCAUCAAAGGAAAAAAAGAGAGCACGCUUGCAAACGUCACUGGAAGAAGAGAGAGCGCGCUUACAAGCGUCACUGGAAGAAGAGACAGCAUACCUGCAAGCGUCACUGGAAAAACUCUCCGCAGAGAAAGAAGCCGCAGUAGCCAAAGCAGAGUUCCUAGAAGCCUUGGAGUUUCCCGAAUCCAAGAAACACAGCCAAGUGUCUUUCCAGGAUGUGAUUCGUCUGCCUGCCAUGGAGGCAUUCCAGACCACACAGAGCAGCAGCAUCAUCGCCAACACCUCAACAGCAUCCUGGAAGAACACAGAAACUACUUGGUACGACAACAACGACCCCAAUGGAGACAUUGUAGAUUACCGAAUGAGAGUGCACAUCUUCGGAAACAGUCCUUCCCCUGCAGUCGCGUUCUACGGUCUCAGACAUUCAGCCCAAGAGGUGGAGCAUCGGUUUGCUCUGGGAUUUAAAGACACAUUCACCUUCCACAUCAGCAAGGAGGAAAAUCCCUUCACACGUAGAGGAGUUCUGUCCGCCAUAAACAGCUUAUAUGAUCCUCUGGGAUUCGUAGCGCCUGUUACUAUCCAAGGCAAAAUUAUGUUAAGAAACUUCACCACAGAGACGUCUGAUUGGGAUGAACCGCUUUCCGUGGAGAAAAAGGACCUGUGGACAGCCAAGGCAAUUGCAGCCGUAGCAAACCUAAAGACCCUUGACAUCAAAGAACGAUGCCGUAUAGGAUUUGUCAUGAGCCGGACCAAACUGGUGCCACUCCGCGAACACACGAUUCCCAGACUGGAGCUCUGUGCUGCUGUGCUUGCUGUGGAGUUGGCUGAACUUAUAACAUUAGGAAUAAACCUGGAAAUCGAAGAAGUUGAGUUUUACAUGGACAGCAAGAAAGAGGUUGACAACCUGAAGAAAACCACAGCCGAGUUGGAAAUCCAGAUCCAGGACCUUAUGAGUGCUGAGGAGUUUACGGUAUACAAAGAAAAGACCACUCAACACAUUCUACGACACAAGUUGGAGGUUGAACACAUCAAGAGAGAUAAGUGGCAUAGAGAUUUAGAUGAUUACCAGUCUGAAAAGCCACUGAGACUUUAUCCCUUAGAAGGAGACAGAGGAUUUGAGACCUUUUGCAUGGCUCGUUCAGCCCAUGUACAUUAA